AUGACCUCCACCGUGAACAUUGCGAUUCUGGGCUCAGGCCUGUUCGCCCUUCACGCCUACCUCCCCAAUCUCUUGACGCCCGAAAACAAGCACAUCAACCUCCACACUGUCUGGUCCAGAUCCGAAUCGUCAGCCCAGAAGCUGGUCGAUGCCGCCAAAGAGAAAUCAGGAGGCAGCGUAUCGCCAAGGCUUACGUUCGGGGACGACGGACUCGAAACGGUUCUCAACGACAAGGAAAUUCAGGGUGUCAUGCUUGUCUUGCCUAUCCGCACCCAAAUGGACUUGGUGUUCAAGUGUCUCAAAGCUGGAAAACAUGUCCUCAGUGAGAAGCCCAUCGGGACAGAUGUAGCCGCAGCGAGGGAGCUGGUCGACGAGUACGAGAAGACUUACAAGCCUAAAGGUUUGAUCUGGAGAGUCGCAGAAGAUGUUGACCACGAGCCAAUGGUACACAAGGCCGCUGAGAAGGUCAGAGAUCCCGCUCUUGGCCCCGUGUUAUACUGGUCAAUGGAAGCCCACGGCUACAUUGAGGAUGCUUCUAUGUAUCACGCAACCGAAUGGAGGACAAUCCCAGAUUAUCAGGGAGGCUUCCUGCUCGAUGGAGGAGUCCACGAUGCCGCUCUAAUUCGACUGGUGCUCCCUAACCCUCCCGAACAAAUUAUCUCGAGCGCCAACCUCCAUCGAAACCACAUCCCACCGCACGAUAUCGUCCAAGCCAUCGCUCUAUCUCCUUCAACAGAGACCGAAGCUCACGGUCCAGCAUCCAAAUUGAAAGGUAUCAGGGGUCGGGACGAAAUUCCAGGAGGCAUUGGUCGAUCAUCUUCGACGGGCACGAUCGUCUUUUCGUUCGCCAUUGCCGAUCUCGACUCCAAGCCUCCCAAGGGCAUCAUCGUCAAUUGCCUCAAUGGAACUGUCAGAUUGCAGAUGGUCGCAGGCAACUGGAAGCUAGAGGUUCAGCCUGGGAAGGGGACAAACGUCAAGCCUUUCACGGAAGAAGGCAAGCGAGUCGGAGUCAGAGAAGAAUGUGCAUACUUUGCUCGGGCUAUCGCUGCACUCAAAGAUGGGCAACAAGUCGACGAAAAGGAGAGCAGGGGCAACCCAAGACACAUGCUUUGGGACGUCGCUCUCAUUGAGGCAUUGCUCACGUCAAACGGGGAAAAGGUAGAUAUGCAAAAACUCUUGUCUGGCAAGUAA